AUGGCCAGAAAUCGCUUCGAUAUCUUGUGCCCACAAGAAUAUUAUAAGUACAAAACAAACACAGCGCAUCGCCCACGUAGCGAGAUAACAGAGCAUCCCGUCCACAGAGAAAUUAAUAAUCUGGAACACGGUAACAGGAAGCAUGUCGAUAAAGUGCUCCAUGCUAUAACAGUGCUGAUGAGAGAACUGCUCGAAACUGCCGGCACUCUAAUAUGGUUAGCUGACACCUGCGAACUACCCACUGUUGUUGCCACCAUGUUGUCUGACUCCCCGACACACUACAAACGCGACACGUCCGCACAUCACUCUCACAGAAGUUCAAAACUCACUAUCGCUGCGAUACCCUCAUCCAACAUGGAUCACAUCACUGAAGGCGCUGCACCGAGCGCAACAAACAAUAACUCACAAACGUCUUGUGUAGAAACUAACGUGGAUAGAAUGGCACACGACAAUCAUUCCAAUGAUAAUUUAGAAAAAGUUCACAAAAUGACUGACUUAGAUAGAUGUAGGAUACUAAAUAAAAGGAAAUUAGAAUGCCAACAUGAGUCUGAAAGACGAUGCCCUGCCACAGAUAGAGUCCAUGAACGAUGCGUAUUGCAUAACAAAGAAGACGUAUACGGAAAAGAAUCGAUUAUCAGAAAGAGGGUUGAGGUUGACGAAUGCGGUGGUUCAAGGCGGGCCGCUAAUUUGAAAUUUAAAUGUAGUCGCAAUGCACGGGAGUGGAUGGGAGCGAUCGGGAGGACAAUGGGCGUUCGCGUUCACGUGCGUGCCAUAGCCGUCGUGGGGUUGUUCCUGGCCAUGUUAGCGACGAGUGCAGCGGCGCCGAGGUCCCGGCCCACGCGCAGCGCGCACGAGAAAUCUGCGCGUGACCGCGAUGUUAACGGCUUCCUGCGCAAGCGCAUAUAG